CUGAAGGUCUCCCCGACGAUGGAAGUGCUGGAGUGCCCACUGCUUUCGGUGAAUGUACGCGUUUGGCGCUUCUGGUCGUUCGUGCUGGUGCACAAUUGGCGCCGGUACGUCAGCAUCAUCCCCGUGACGCUGCUGAACGUGUUCAUGUUCGCGGAUCUGUACCGCGCCUGGGGCAACAUCGAGGAGGUCAUCAUCAACGCCUACUUUGCGGUGCUCUACUUCAACGCCGUGCUACGCACCCUAAUUCUCGUGUACCAGCGGCAGAAGUAUGAAGUGUUUCUGGCCAGUGCAGCGACCGUGUAUCAGGAGAUUUGCCAAAUCAAGGAUGACGUUAUCAGGAAGCUGGUUGAGGAUUAUACGCGCCGUGCCAGGAUCCUGUCCAUCUCGAACCUUGCGCUCGGUGCCUUCAUCAGUGGGUGCUUCGUGGUGUAUCCACUGUUUACCGGUCAGCGCAGCCUACCGUACGGAAUGUUCAUCCCGGGAGUGAGCAACUUUGAGUCGCCCCAGUACGAGAUCUUCUACAUUACGCAGCUGGUGUUGACUUUUCCCGGUUGCUGCAUGUACAUUCCGUACACGAGUUUCUUCGCCACGAGCACACUGUUUGGGUUGGUGCAAAUCAAAACACUUCAGCAUCAGCUGCGUACCUUUCGUAGCACGGGAAGCAAGUUAGCUCGCCGGACGCCGGCCCUCGAUCGGCAACUGAAGCAGUUUAUUGAAGAUCAUAAGCGGAUCAUACGCUACGUCCAGGAUCUAAACGGACUGGUGACCUACAUCUGUCUGAUCGAGUUUCUGUCCUUUGGUUUGAUGCUAUGCGCGCUACUUUUUCUGCUGAACAUCAUUAGUGUGAUGGCACAGAUAGUGAUCGUUGGGGCGUACAUCUUUAUGAUACUGACGCAGAUAUUCGCUUUCUACUGGCACUCGAAUGAGGUGCGGGAGGAGAGCAUGGCCAUCGCGACGGCGGCCUACAGUGGUCCUUGGCUCGAGGUGGACAAUUCGAUCAAAAAGAAGCUUCUUCUCAUCACCAUACGUGCCCAGCGGCCAUUGGAGCUCACCGUGGGCAACGUCUAUCCGAUGACGCUGGAGAUGUUUCAAUCGCUACUGAACGCAUCCUACUCCUACUUUACGCUUCUCCGGAGAGUUUACAACUGA